UCAAAGUGAUAACAUGGAGAAAAAAAUAGAAACAAUCGACGUAACCGAAGCAAUGAAGUCAUUACUAUGGAACAGACUGUUACUGAAAUAUGUUGGAAUUUGGCCUCUCGAAAUUUCUAAUGCUCUUUUUCUCUUUUUUUUUAUUUAUCUUCUUUUACAUUGUUCAUUGACAUUCGCCGAAUUGACACAUCGUAAACAUAGUUUAGGAGAUAUAAUGUCGAUAUUCACGGAAAAUAUUUUACUUUUAAUGACCCUAACGAAAAUAACUACAUGCUGGAUUAACAGACAAUCAUUAGGAGACUUGUUAAUCGAAUUAGAAGAUAAUUUCAUCGUCGACAAUUAUAAUACGUACGAGAAGAGAUUUAUAUUUAUGAAAUAUACCAAAAUGGCGAAAUAUUAUUUUUUAAUAGCUGUUACCUCGAUGUCUAUUGCCGUUGGAUUAUAUUGGAUAAACGAGAUGAUACCGAACGUUAAAAUUGCAAUAGGAAAUUCAUCAUCGAGUUAUAAACUACCAUACAAAACACGAACUAUCAUCGAUGUAGGUGAUAUUAGGGUCUAUAUUUGUCUCUGUCUUUAUCAAACAUUGGUAGUACCGAUUAUUACAUUGGGUUACGUUGGAUUCGAUUGUUUGUUCACAAAUCUUGCUUUUCAUAUCACUGCACAAUUUGGAAUUCUAAGUUGCUCGAUCAAAGAAAUUCUUGACGAUUCUAAUGGUUUUCAAAGUAAUAUGAAGAAACUUGUACUUCGACAUUACAAAUUGAUCAGACAAGCGGAAACUUUGGAAGACAAUUUUAAUGUAUUGAUAUUGCAACAAUUGAUGGGAAGUACGUUUCAACUUUGUAUAUCCGGUUACAAUACACUUUUGGAUUCAGUAAAGAAGGAAGGUUUAACGAUUGUCAUAUUUUAUUCGUAUGCAUUUUGCGUCAUGAGUACAUUGUUUACUUAUUGUUACAUCGGCGAGUGUCUUAUUCAGGAAAGUUCGAGUCUGAGCACAGCAUUUUAUCAUUACGAGUGGUAUAACGUGUCACCGAUCAAUUUAAAAAUGGUUAAAAUUUGCAUGUUGCGAAUGAAGAAACAACAGCAAUUAACUUCCGGUAAAUUUUUCGUCCUAUCAUUGGCCUCCUUUACCGACAUUCUCAAAACUACGAUGGGAUAUUUGUCAUUGCUACGAACACUUAUAUGAAGAUUUCUUUUUAUCCUUUUCUUUUUUUUUUUCUUUUUUUUUGAUCCACUUAUUAACAAAAACACAUUUAUUUUUUCAUAAUA